AUGGACUGGAGUGUCUCACUUAUUACCCUCCUGUUCUUCUGCCUCGAUGUUCGCUCUACCAUUCCCUUGAGAAAACAUAGCUUCGUCGCUGAGAAUGCGACGGUUACGGGGUCGUACUUGGACGUUUUGGAAGAGGUGAUGGACACUUCUCUUUCCGGUAGAAAAUUCGUCCUGUAUUUGGAUCCGACUCUGGACGCUUACUUGAUCCGGCGCCUAGUUGGGUCUUCGGCAGCACAGUCGAGGGCCAACGUUAUUGUGGACCUGAGCAGCAACGCUUCUCUCUGGUGCGAACAACAGACUUCUGACGUGAUUGGAAGUGCAGCCUACGUUCACAUCUUCGUAUUCCAAACAGAUCCGCUACCAUUUCUGCGCUCAGUAUGCCCGCGAUGGAAUCCGAAACACCUGCUUCUUUUCAGCGGAGGAUAUGGAUCCAGAGAAGUGUUGCUGAGCGAAAGUUUAGAAAGAGUCGAACGGCUCGCUCUCAUGGCGCCAUUGCUAACGAGGGUUGGCGGUUUACGAAAUAUGGGAGUUUUCAGUUUCUACCCCUUUUCUCCUGACGAUCCAGUGCGCCUCUUGGGCUCGUGGGGUUCGAUGGAAUUGUCCGGUAGCCUGCGGGACAUUUUCACGGAUCGAUUUGAGACAUUCGAGGGAUACGAAUUCCAAUUAGCAACGUGGUUCGACGACCGCCCCUACUUGUACCCCACGAAAAGUGGCCAGGAAGACCAAGGGGAUGUUGUGGUCGAGAUGCUCAGGGCAAUGGCCACCACUCUUAACUACACGUACAGUAUGACGCCGACAUCCCCGGACGACCAAUGGGGCUCGUUCCAAAACGGCUCGUGGAACGGGAUGCUCGGGAUGGUGCACAGGCGCGAGAAGAACUUCACCGUCAACUACUUCGUCAUCACGAGCGAAAGGGCGCAGUCCUUCGACGCCAGUGCCUCCUACUGGAUGGAAGGGUUCGGUAUCUCCCUGCUGCUGCCGCCACCCCUCCCGAAAUGGCGCGGGUUCUACUACCCUCUCCAGGUCCACGUUUGGUUCGGUGUCGUCUUGACCUUGGGAGUCACCAUUUCGCUGAUGACUCUUCAGGACCGUUGGCAGCCCAGACCGUUCUUAAAGAGCUUCGGAAGAGCCUGGAUUUACUUUCUGCGACUCCUGUUCAACCAAAGCUUGCCAACCCUUCCAAGUGCAAACAGCCAGAGAGUGUUUGUAGGAUGCUGGUGUUUCUACUGCUUCAUCGUGACCACGGCCUACACCGCCAAUCUGGUGGCCUUCCUUACGAUCCCCGUCUUUCCCAAAAGGAUCCAAACCGUUCGGCAGCUGGCAGAGAGUGAUUUCGGUGUAGCGAUGGUUGACUACGGGGAGUUCGUCCCUGGGGCUCUGAAGUCUUCAGGAGACCCCUACUACAGAACUCUGGGGAAGAAGCUGGAACUUCAGGAAGAGACAAAAGACGGCGUUGCUCUUGUCAUGAGAGGGACACACGCUCUUAUUGAAAGCUAUUCUUUUAGCAAGAUCGUCUUCGUCGCGGAGUUUGAGGUGAGUUUCUCUUCGAACACAUACAUGUUACGAGAGCAGCUCUACCCAGGACACCUGUGCUGGUACUUCCCAAAGAACACUGCCUGGAAGUACAAGUUUGACUCUGGUAUCCAACGGUUGGUAGAAGCCGGACUUAUUGCUCGCUGGAUCAAGCUCAAAAUCGAGGACUUCUUAGGCAGAGACUUCGAAAAGAGGCAGGAGAUGGAAGCCAAGGAGAACAAGAAGUCAGCGCUGACAUUUGAGCAUCUACAGGGCGUCUUCUUUAUCCUCGUUAUGUCGUGGCUUUCAAGCGUUGUCGUAUUCAUAACGGAACUGAUUUGGGGAAAGUUGAUUGGGCGCCAAGGUUCCCACGGUCCUAGGGCGUUUCUUAAGGGGAUUUGUCAGUAA